AUGAGCACUUACGCAGAAGAAAAGCUCCAGCACACACCCUGGGUAGAAAAGUAUAGACCGAAGAACUUGGACGAUGUUGCGUCGCAAGACCAUGCCGUGAAAGUUUUAAAGAAAGCCUUGCAGAAUGCCAACUUGCCUCACAUGUUAUUCUGUGGUCCACCCGGUACAGGGAAAACGUCAACUGUUUUGGCGUUGGCCAAGCAAUUGUACGGCCCCAGAUUGUUCAAGAGCAGAGUCCUUGAAUUAAAUGCUUCCGAUGAACGUGGGAUCUCGAUAGUAAGACAGAAGAUCAAGAACUUUGCCCGGUUGACUAUCUCCAAUCCAACAGCUGAAGAUUUGGCAAACUACCCAUGCCCACCGUAUAAGAUAAUUAUAUUGGAUGAAGCAGAUUCCAUGACCAAUGACGCCCAAUCUGCAUUGAGAAGAACCAUGGAAACUUACUCUGCCGUGACACGGUUUUGCUUGAUCUGUAACUACAUCACAAGAAUCAUAGAGCCUUUGGCUCUGAGGUGUAGCAAGUUUAGGUACAGGCUGUUGGAUAAUGAAAAUGCAUUGAAUAGAUUGAAGUAUAUACUGGAAAUGGAGAAUGUUCCUUUGGAAAAUGACCAGGUGUUGCCAGAGGUGUUGCGGUUGUCCAACGGUGAUUUGAGAAAGGCUAUCACCUACUUGCAAUCCGCGAAGAGACUUGACGAGUUGAGCUCUACUAGUGGAAUGCAAACAGACGUUUCCAAAUCCACUAUCCAAGAAAUUGCAGGUGUGGUACCGGAUGAUCUCGUAGUAGAACUUAUAUCAAAGAUCAACUCAAAGGAUUCUCAGGCUUUAGUGCUGUAUGUGCACGAAAUUAUACUCCAGGGCUGGGGUGCUCAACAGUUGAUUGACCAAUUGCAUGAUAGUUUCAUCUUGAACGAAGACAUUAGCUCCGAAAUAAAGAACUCCAUUUCCCAGGACUUAUUUUCCACUGAUAAGAAGUUAAACAAUGGGACUGACGAGCAUAUCCAGCUUCUUAAUUUGUGCUUGCUGAUUUCAUCCCACGUCUGA